AUGCAGGGCAUUUCAAAGCUUGUGUUUGUUUCAGAUCCUACAAAUCACCCUAAAAUGUCCUUCAGCGACCAGCAGUGCAAGCAGCCGUGUGCACCCCCUCCGUGUCUGCAAAAGACCCAAGAGCGGUGCCAGGCCCAGGCUGAGGUGGUGUGCCUCCCCCCACGCCAGGACCCCUGCCAAGAGAAGUGCCCGGCACAAGCUCAGGAGGUGUGCCUUCCUCAGUGCCAGGAGUUAAGCCAAGAAAACUGCCCAGCACAAGGCCAAGACCCAUGCCUACCUCCAGGCCAAGACCCAUGUCUGCCUCAGUGCGUGGAGCGGUGCCAGGAGCCUGCCCAGACCAAGUGUGUGGAGGUUGGCCCUCAGCAGGCGCAGGAGAAGUGCUCAUCCCCUGGCAAGGGAAAGUAGCUGCUCCUACGCCAUCUGGGGCCAAGAAGACGGCCAACAGAAAAAGCCCCACCCCAGCCCCUGCUCUGGUGACCUUCUCCUGUGGGUGUCCCUGUGGGCCAUGUUCCCUCUUGCCUUCUGGCCUCCUCGGUAUUCCAGGACUUGAUCCGUGUCUCUGAAGACAGUUCUCUCCGUGUUUCAUCAGCCUCCGUGAACGAGUAUUGUUCUCGGCCGUCGUGGGAGGUCUCAAAUGUAGAAAUGGUGUGGCUAACAAGGGACGCCACUGAAGCCAAGCACAGUCCUUUGAGCCAAAAAUCCACCUAAACCUGGGCUUCUGAUGACCAAGGACUCCUUCGCCUUCCACAGCGGCAGGCACUCAUUCAAGCCUCAAAACAAUCUGAACUUGAUGGACUUUGCACUUACCAUCACCCCCCACGACCAUGGGUGUCCACAAGAGGAGGCUGGUGGUGGUGCAGAGAUCAAAAACUAAGUCAUUUUGUCUCUGCAUCCUGAGAGCCAGCGAUUGGACAUGGCAAUGUUGGGUGUGUUUUUUUUUAAAAAAAAAAAAAACGAAACAAAAAUAUGUAAAUGAUUGAGUCCAAAUAGCCCAAAAAGAAAUACAAAUGGGAUGUUUGGGUCCUUGCCCAUCUUUGAGCUUCCUAGCAGGUCUGUUUGGGGCCCUUGACUUUCACCAUGUUCGCUCCUGUGAUUUGUGUCCCUCUGAUAUGAGCUGGUCUGCUCUCCAGCUUCCUUACCUUCUUCUCCCUGGUGAAGGUAACACACGUACAAUAAAGCUCAUCCUGAGUCUGAUUCUGA